AUGCACAAGCGCUACAAUGUCCACUUCGCCAAGGGCGCCCAGACCCCCACGGACUGCCACUUCUUGGACCCAGAGUUGGGGCAGCAAAAAGGAUGCUGUCAUCAGUGGUGCCAUGACGCAGCGGCCCUGCGAGUCCACGGGCCCUGCCGGCCAUCCCCCCAGUCACGCUGGCAGCAGGCCUACCACUGCCACAAGGGGGUACGUGGCAGCUGCCACCAGGGCCCCCAGCCCCCUGUCCUGCAGCACCGGCGGCAGCCCCAGCUCCCACCUCCCAGCCCCUGGUGGCAGCAGCUCUGCGCCACUCCCAGGGCCCAGAAGGGGCUGCCUGCUACCACCAGUGCCCCCAGGGGACCGGCCAGCGCCCCCCAGCCGGCCCCCAGGCCUACCACCUCGCCUAGCACAGCACCCGUCAUGGCCAGCGGCGGCCCAGCCCUGCCCUCUGCAGCCGGCGCCCUCCUGGAGCCCAGCGAGCCCACUGAUGCCCGGCCCCUGCCCGCCCCAGCGGCCUGCGGCUCCUUCACCUACAGCUCUGGCAUCCUGACAGAGGAUGACGUCUACUGCAGCUGCCUGGCGAAGACGCUCUGCCACGUGCCCGUCCCUGUGACUGUGGGUUUCUAUGCCCCCUUCGGCUGCCGCCUGCACAUGAUGCUGGACAAGAUCACCGCGCUGAUGCAGCAGGAGGCGGCGCAGCGCGAGACGGCGGAGCUGCAGCACGUGCCCUGGCGGCCGCGGCCCGUGCGCGGCUGGAGCGUGCCGCGCCUGCUGUGGUACCUGGUGUUCCUGCAGCCGAUCAUCACCGAGGUGCACCUGCGGCGCAAGAACGUGCAGUUCCUCUUCAUCCGCUUCAGCGCCUGGCAGUACGCGGGCACCGACAAGCUGUGGGCCGGGCUGGUGACCACGCUGUGCGAGGGCAUCCGCCACCACUACGGCGCGCUGCCCUUCAGCGUGUACUCGGUGGUGGGCAACAAGCCGAUCACGACGCCGGGCUGCUGCGAGCGCGAGUGGCACUGCCGGCGCCGCGUGUGCCUGGGGCUGCUGGCGCUCGUGGCGGUGCUGGCCCUGGGCGUGGGCCUGCUGUACCUGUCGCUGGGCGGCCGCGAGCACGGCCACGGCGGCGGCGCGGGCGGCAGCCUGCUCAAGGUGUUCGGCGGCGCGGCCACCACGCUGUCGGGCUCGGGGCUGCUCAUGGCCGUGUACUCGGUGUGCAAGCACCUGUUCGUGAGCCAGCGCAAGAAGAUCGAGCGGCUGGUGUCGCGCGAGAAGUUCGGCAGCCAGCUGGGCUUCAUGUGCGAGGUGAAGAAGGAGGUGGAGCUGCUCACCGACUUCCUGUGCUUCCUGGAGAUCUACCAGCGGCGCCGGCUGCGCGUCGUGCUCGAGGUCACCGGGCUGGACACGUGCUACCCCGAGCGCGUGGUGGGCGUGCUCAACGCCAUCAACACGCUGCUGUCCGACAGCCACGCGCCCUUCAUCUUCAUCCUGGUCGUGGACCCCAGCAUCCUGGCCGCGUGCCUCGAGAGCGCCGGCAACAUGAAGGGGACGGCGGACAACGGCUACCUCUUCCUCAACCGCACCGUCACGCUGCCCUUCUCCGUGCCCAUCAUGGGCCCCCGCACCAAGCUGCAGUUCCUGCACGACGCCGUGCAGAGCCGCGACGACCUGCUCUACCGCGAGAUCACGGGCAAACCGCGGCCGCUGGCGGGCGGGGACGGGGGCGGGGGCGGCGAGGUUGCGCAGCUGCUGGCGGUGGAGACGCAGGCGGGGCCCGAGCACGCGCAGGGCCGCGUGGACGCCGAGGCGGCGCGCAGCAUCCAGGAGGCGCUCUUUUGCCUGCACGACGAGCGCGACUGCCUCUACGAGUACGUGCCCGACAACGUGGUGUCCAUGCGGCGCAUCGUCAACACCGUGCCCAUCACCGUGCGCCUGCUGCAGCAGCAGCAGGGUGACCUGGGGGGCCCCACGCCGCGCCAGGCGGUGGCUUGGGUGGUGCUCGCCAACCAGUGGCCCUGCCGCCUCAGCUGGGCGCUGCAGUGCCUGGAGGACCGGCAGCAGGCCGGGGGCGCGCCCGAGGGCCGCGCGCGCCUCUGGGACGUGUUCCGCGACAACAGCCGUGAGCUGCACACCAUGACCAAGGCGUUGCAGAAUGUGCUCGACCUGGACGGCGACCCCGAGCUUUUCGAGCGCUUCCUGGGGGCCGACUUCCCCUUCACUGUGGCCGAGGCUCAGAGCCUGCUGCGCUGCACGGUCAACCUGGACCACUCCAUCCGCCGCCGCAUGGGCCUCAUCCGAGCGGUCAGCGCUCUCAAGCCCCCCAGCCCGCCCAAGUCCCCUGCCCGCGACGCCCCCCACGCCGCCCACGGAGCCAACAGCGCCUCCAGGGCGUCCCCGAUAGGCCAUGCUGCAGGACACGCCAGCGAAACGCACCACCCCCGGGACCGAGCCCAUGGGAGCAAGCCAAGGCCCGUGGCCUGA